AUGACUGUGAGAAGUUCUUGUACUUGGGCUGUAAUGGUUGCUGGGUAUUUCGAAAAUGGUGAUUAUGGGGAGGUUAUUGAUCUGUUUUUGGAAAUGCAGUGCUCGGAGCGAGCUAAAGUUGAUGGUGAUAUGGAUGACAUAGUGGCUUCUGCUAUAGUUGUGUGUGUUCUUAAGGCUUGUGCUAAAACAGUGAAUAUGGAACUUGGCAAACAGGUACACGCUUGGGUUGUGAAGAUGGGUUAUGGCGAGAAUCUGGUUUUCAGUGGCUCUUUAAUGCGCUUUUAUGGGAAAGCAGGGUUUCUAGAAGGUUCUGACUGUGUUUUUUAUCAGGUUCCAAAUCGGAAUAAGGUGAUAUGGACAACUAAGAUUGUUAAUCAUUGCUACGAGGAGCAGUUUGAUGAGGCAUUUGAUGUGUUUAAACAAAUGGGGAGGGAGGGUGUAAAGAAGAAUAGUUAUACUUUUUCAAGUGUUCUUAAAGCAUGUGCGAGUAUGAGGGAUGGCGGAUGUUGUGGUCAGCAAGUACAUGCAAAUGUCGUCAAGUUAGGACUGGAGCUUAAUGAGCAUGUACAGUGUGGGUUGGUUAACAUGUAUGGUAAAGGUGGGUUAAUAAAGGAUGCGCAGAAAGUUUUCAAGAUUUGUGGGAACAAUAGAAGUGGUGCUUGCUGGAAUGCAAUGCUUACUGGUUAUAUACAACAAGGGCUUGGCAUUGAAGCCUUUAGAAUCAUAUGUGAUAUGAAGGCAGCCGGCUUGCAACCCCAAGAAUCAUUACUCAAUGAAGGUCUCGAAGCUUCUAUGUCUGCCCGUAAAAUGGUGUGGGCUGCCACACUUGGAGAGCCUAGCUGCAGGAGCAUAUCGGGGCCUUGGCCACCUGGGAACCCAUCAACACCAUUGGUAAGCAACUUGUUGGCUGUUCAACAAGCUGCUGCAAGGAAUACUGCAAUUCCUGAACAAAAUUCAACAGAGACUAAGACUUCCAACUUGGUAGGACUGCAAACUACUGCUCAUGCUACCCUGAGAGCUGAAAUAUCUUCAUCCAACUUGCCAGUGCCCACGCCACCAUCUCAAACUUCUGCAAUGCUGGUUAUUGCCCAUUCUUCAGUUAUCUCGCGAACUGGGACCAACGCUGCAUAUUCCCCAUCUUCGCGGAAACUAGCAAUGACCGAUUCCUCUGAGACCCUAUCAGGACCAUACCAUCCAUCAGUGCUUUCAACCAGUCAUUGGAGGCCACUCUAUCCCAAACAUCUGUUUGUCAGAAAACUUCAAUGUGGGACGUGGAGUAAGGGCACCUGCUGCACAUCUACGACACAAUAA